AUGAAAAUUGAAGAGACAGCAGCCUAUGGGUCUCGAGGAGUGGGAGAAACGGAUCGUCUAGAGAUAGUAGCAGAAACACUACGUCAAUUAGGAUCUGGUGAUGUCAUCAUCAUACCUGGUGAUGUUUCUAAUGUUGAUGACUGCAAGAAGUUUAUCGAUGAGACAAUUCUUCAUUUCGGGAAACUGGACCACCUUAUCAACAAUGCUGGGAUACCUCAAGCUGUUCUUUUCGAACAUUUCACCCAAAUUCAAGAUGCUAAUCAUAUAAUGGAUAUCAACUUUUGGGGCUCAACAUACAUAACCUAUUUUGCCAUUCCUCAUCUUCGAAAAAGCAAAGGAAAAAUCGUUGUGAUUACUUCUGCUUCGGCAAAUAUACCUUUGCCAUCGUCAAGCGUCUAUUCAGCAAGCAAAGCAGCUUUAUUAAAAUUCUUUGAAACGUUAAGAGUUGAGAUCAGUCCGGAUAUCAAAAUAACAAUUGUGAUGCCAGGAUAUAUAUCUACGGAUAUGACCACUCCUCGAUUUAUAGAAAAGCUUGGUUCAGAUUUCAUCCUUUCGGAAUCAGUUAGUAAAUGCGCAAAAGCGAUCUUCAAAGGUAUUGGUAGAGGAGAGACAUACAUAGCAGAGCCAUCUUGGAUAAAAUGGAUUCUUUUGACACAAAAUGUUUGUCCUGAAAUCGUUGACUACGUAGUCAACUAUUUAUUUGUUCGUUAUGCCAAACCUUUCUGCAAGCGUGAUUGA